AUUAGUAAGGAUUAGGAUCCGCCCUAAUACAGACCAUAAGGAAUGUUCGCUGGUCCAGUCACUCCGGCCAAUGUCGUCACAUAGACACGGGUGUUUCCCUGUUGAACGGAUCUAGCCAUUUACAUAUAGCUUGCAGCCAUCAUACGGGAUCGGUGAGGCGAGUUGCCAUGUAUUUCACGAUUCUUCUCGUCGCCAUUGUGGUAACACUCGUAAAAGGCCAGGAAUCUACUAUUGUCAACACAAAGAUGGGAACACUUGAAGGUUUCGCCAUUCCCGCCAAAAAUAACGAGAAGAGGGGUGUGGUCCACAGUUUCUUAAAUAUCCCUUAUGCGAAGGCCCCGGAAGGAGAUCUCGCCUACAAAAAGCCACAAGAGUACGGUCCUUGGACUGGGGUCCGAGACGCUACCGUCGACGGACCUUUAUGCGUACAAGGUUUCAAAUUUCCGGGGCCACAGUCGUUUCCGGAAUCCACGGAUUGUCUGACAUUAAACGUAAGAGUGCCCCACAAUGUCUCGCGCUCCAAUAGUGUCCCUGUGAUAAUAUGGAUACACGGGGGCGGGUAUUUCUUCGGCGGCGCUCGUUACACGGAUGCCUCUGUAUUUUCCGUGCUCACAAACACUAUCGUUGUGACCCUAAAUUUUCGCCUUGGCCUGUACGGACUGCUCUCAACUGGAGACGCCGAAUGUCCGGGAAAUUUCGCCUUAUGGGACCAAAAGAUGGGUAUAGAGUGGGUUAACAAGUACAUCGAUGCUUUUGGAGGUGACCCCUCGCGUAUAACUCUAUUAGGACAUUCAACUGGCGCCACUGCCAUAGCUUACCAUUCCAUGAUGCCAGACAAUAUCGGACGAUUUCAGCGCAUAAUUCUCAUGGGCGGAUCUGCUACUACACCAGGAGAACACAACAAGAAUCCACGUAGAAGCCUUGUAGAGAUUAAUUCGGAGUUUAAAUGUGGUGAGUUUACAGAGGAGACUCUCGAUAGCAAAGCUUUCAUGGAAUGUAUAAAGAGUAAAAGCACCGAUCAGAUAGUCACAACUAUGACAACAUUUGCCGAAAAACUGAUGGCACAGGCUACAGGGAUUCGAUUACGGGGGGUGAUGACCGUUGUCACAGAUGGGGACUAUAUAAGGGAUGAUCCCUCCAAGAUGUUGGCGGACAGAAAAUCGCGGGAGUAUAACAUGAUCAGAUCGCUCGACAUUUUGGCGGGAAAUGUAGAACAAGAAGGUUCCUCUGUUGCUAGCCUCCUAUCAGCAGAUAUGUAUGUCAAAUGGAAUCUUACAGAGACUGUAGAAUUCUCAACAGAUUUUCUGUGUACAGAACUGGCACCUGUCGUCGGGAGAGAUUUGUUUGACGUGACGUCACCGAAUGCUACGAAAGCUAUUUGUGACAUGUACACUGUUGUAGGCGGAAAUGACGUCAAUAUUCUGAAUCAAAGCAUUGCAUUCUCAAACCUAUACGGUGACCUCCUGUCGGUGGCCCCCGUUGCCGAGAUGCUCAUGACGCAUGCACGUGACAACCUGGAGACGUCUGCGUACCAGUACAUUUUUAUGAAGGAAUAUCCGUACGGGUAUUACUUUGGACGUUGGCCGUGGCAGUAUGGAGUGGGGCAGGGACAGGACUUGUCCUACCUUUUUGAUGUUUAUGCUUACCCAUACAUGAUGGAUCAAGACGACCUCGACAUGUCCUUGCAAUACGUAACCUGGUUUGCCAACUUCGCGCGGAAUGGUAACCCGAACUCUGCGAAUCCGAAUGUCACGUGGCCUAGGUAUACGUACGAAGAGAGGGCCUAUCUUGAGUUGGAUCUUGUUCCAGUUCCAAAGAACAACUUGUGGCCUCAAAGAAUAAACUUCUGGCUAGAUACAUUCCCCCGUCUGGUUGCAGAUAUAUUGGCCCCUCCGACAACGACAACUACUACAACUACAACUACAACUACUACUACAACCACGACAACCACAACCACAACGCCUCGGCCUACCACUCCUAAACCUGUCUCCCCAACACCUGCACCGUCGCAGCCAGGCAAUGCCGGAAGUGAGGCAAACACAGACAAUGGUAUUAAUGCCGGACGGAGAAUAAGUUCUGGGGGAUACCUAUUCUUGUUUGUUUUCGCUUCAAUUUUGGCAAGCUUAUAGAAGACCUCGUGUGUCAAUACAGACUGACUAUUCAUUCUGGGAUACGUAUUAUACGUUUAUUUUCAGUUUGAAUGAAACAAGAAUGCCCAGAUCGUGUUUUACUUUAUGUCAAUUACAUUGGUUUAUUGAAUUAUUUGAUGACAUAAAUGCCAAUACCUUAGCCAAGAUAUGCUGUUUUACUUAGAAUAUGAAAAGGGACGGAACUCUUACAUUGCAUGUUGUUUUAUCUGGGUAAAUUGCAUUCAGUCCUUUUGCAAUUUUUUUUUUAUUUAAGCGAGUUUUCUAUGCAUUAAAAAUUCCCCCAUCGCAAUUAUCGACCAUAUAUAUGUUGGAUAUUUAUCACUUAUGAACCUUUGAAGAGGUCAUUAUGGUGUUAUAUCAACAGGAAGGAAAAUAUUACCCAAAUGGUGAAGCCUGAAGUCAAUAUUUUCUAAUAGGUUGAUAUAACACCAUAUUAACCGAAAUCAAAGGUUCUUAACUUUUUUAUUACAUUUGUAUACAUAUUUAACUGUUUAUAGUUAUUGUCUUGAACAAUGUAUGAACAUUCAUUUAUUAUGAAAUAGUCUUAUCUUAAAAGUGGUAAUCCGGACAAAUGCAUACAAUCAACAAACGUGUUCUAUUCUUACAGAAAACGAAAAUUUGAAACAUGCAAACUAAUAAAAGUCCUAAAUACAGGUAUGCAUAUUUAGAAAUAUAGAGCCCGUGCGAUCUUUCAACCAAUCAGAACAAAGGAAAAUCUUGCCAUGUAGUAUUUAGGUAUACCUGAAGCAUGAAUUUGUAUCAUUUUUUUAAAUAAAAGAAAUAUUCACCAAGUCUUAA